AUGGGCUACGAUGCCCCAGCUAUGGAUGAGGAUAUGGAUGGGAGAGAAAAACAAGAAAGCCCAAUAUUCAAUGAGUACAGCCCGGAAGAGCUUGUGCUCUACAGACAGUACAUCAUGAAUAGUUUCAACACCAAUGAUGAUGAUGACGACAAUGAGAAGGACACUGCCGAUGACUGGAUUAGGGACUUGGAAAUGGGUUGCAGUGAUGCUCAGUUUGCGCUCAUUCUUACCUCUUGUCCAAAUAUCCACAGCCUCUACUUUGAGACCCCCCACGACCAGCGUCACUUUAUGCGUGUUGUACAACUUGCAAAAAAGCCGAUCGCCGCCCUCAGGGCUAGCCUCCAGCCUCCCCUAUCUCAACUUCAUCACAUCUACAUUGAGGCCCACGAGUCUUUAGGUGACCAUGAGGAAACCAACACUGACUACAGCCCUGGCCCCUUCCUCGAGCUGCCUGGACUCCGGUCCUUUGAGGGCGUCAAUGUCAGUGGGGGCGACGACGUAGGAUGGUGGUUUCAACAACUCCCAGCCAGGUCCUUACCUCUGCAAGACAUUGCUCUUCGCCGAUCCUACAUCUCUCCACGGAUGCUCCAAGGCAUGCUAGGCGCCUGCAAGGCGGUUAAGCGACUUGAAAUCACACGCGGGUUCUAUGAAAGCCUGGUGGAGGAGCUGCUGCCGCAGUAUAUCCUCAGGGCUAUCCUACCCCAUGCAGAUUCUCUCGAGAUCCUUCAUCUCAACAUGGCGGAGGAAUGGCCCUGGCCAGGUCUUCCUAGUAAACAUAAGCUAUUCUAUAUGGGUACUAAGCUUCAUAAGAUGAUAGCCCUUAAGAGACUUAUAACAGGGAUGCGUUCUCUUACUAGUUUUUUCAAUAGAUAUACUCCUAAUAAUAACGACGAUGCCAGUGACGCUGUAUCACUAGAUAGAGCUCCAAGGCUAAUAGACUGCCUCCCGGAUAAUCUAGAGUAUCUCGAGAUCCAUCGAUCUAGCGAGUUAAUUCUAGAUCAGAUCCAGCAGCUCAUUCUAACCAUUCAGGAAGGGCAUCGCUUUAAAAGGCUAAACCAUAUUAAGCUACUUUUAAGCGAUAUAGAUCCCGACAAGAUCGAGCUUAAUUACGACCCAUCGAUUAUGCAUAUAGAACUUAUAUCUCAGUCACUUGAAAAUCGCAUUUAUGAUCUCAUUCCAGCAUUCAACCAAGGGAAUCACCGAGUAGAAGCCAUCUGCUCUCCAAUACACAGCCUAGAUCUUCGGGCACAGUGGCUUGAUAUCCGGGGCAACAACACGGGGUUUGCAUCGGUUGAUUUUGAGCUAUAUGAAGCACCGGGAAUCAGGUUAUCUCAAGAGAAGCCACAUCGGCCAAGGCCAGCCGACUAUCUGCCAAGGAUCUUAGCGACCCAAACCGACGAGUACUGGCGUGAAGUGGAUCCCGAGGUCGCCGCUCUGAGAGAGGAAUAUGCAGCCUUUGUGAACAACCAAAACCAGCCAUAG